AUGUCAAAAUUAGUUAAAGUAUGUGGUAUUAGGACCGAGGAGGCAGCAAAUUGUGCUAUCGAAUCGGGUGUUGAUUUACUUGGAGUGAUCUUGGUUCCUAAUAGAAAGAGAACCAUUGAUCACAAUGUAGCCAAAAACAUUUCACUUUUGGCAAGUGAUAAGAGAAAGAUAAAGGAUACUCAAUUCAAAACUGUAAAUUCUAUAUUGAAGCAUCUAGAGGGGCAAUCUUUUCUGAAUAGCGACCAAUAUUUUAUUGCAUUUAAGCAAUUAAUAAUAGAUAAUGGGCCAUUUUUAGUUGGAGUUUUCAGAAAUCAAGAUAUUUCAGAUGUGUUCAAGAUUGCAGGGGAGCUUAGUUUAGAUUUUAUACAGCUUCAUGGGAAUGAGGAUAAGGAAGAAUUUUGCGAAUAUAAUUCACUGAAAGAAUCAUGUACAUAUGGGAUCAUUCCACGAUUCGUGAUCCCAAGAGAUAUUGCCGUGAUGGACAAACUCUUUACAGAAACAAUCAGAGAUAAUGUACAUGUCGGCAGUGGUUUAGCGUUGCCAUUAUUGGACUCUGAAUUGGGAGGAGAAGGUAAAAUUAUUGAUUGGAAAGCAGUCGAUGAUUUAAAGAAAGGCAAGUUUAUUUUGGCUGGAGGCUUAAAUCCGUCUAAUGUUCGAAGUGCGUUCGUGAUCAACAAUGUAAUAGGAUUUGACGUAAGCGGUGGUGUUGAGGAUGGAGAUGGGAAUAAAGAUUUAACGAAAAUUGAAAGUUUCAUAAAAGCUGUCAAGGAAACUUAA